UAAUUCUUGUAGCACAACCGGAAACAGAACGCAAGCCGCACGAAACAGACGAAACAGCACAUGUAAACUUAGCGGCCGGUCGUUCAUGUUGAAUGGAAGGAUUUUGAAAGCAUUUGUGAUGCUAUUCUGCAAUUAUUGUUUUCAUACGCUCUAUAAAGAGCCUUUGCGGAGACGUCCCAGACUCCAGGGAAAUGGUAAUGUUUAGCGGAUGGCAGCGGACGGCUCCCGACACCGGAAUCCCCAGUGAUUUGCCAAUGAACGGCGAGAGCACUGAUUUAGGGGUGUCUCCCCCAGAUCCGGCGGGGUAUUUGGGAAAAGUGAAUGAACGGGCUUCCCUGGUGGAGAGCUGCCCGUGGUGUUCGGCCAAGGGCCAGGUUUACGGGCUUCGGUCGUAUCGCAUCAACUUCCACGAGUCGAUAACUCUGUGCACGAACCCCGAGUGCCUGUUUCCCCUGGUGAGCAAGCCCCUGGAAGAGGUUCUCAGCAGCCUCACUGCGGCAGACUGUAAAGAUGGCGGAAAGAGAAAGGGCCCCAGCGAUGAAGACGCGGUGGCCUGCUCCAAGCGCCAUAAGGCGGAAGAUCCCGAGGGCGGCGUCGGCUUUGCAACCGACGCGGGCCUUGGGGACAGCGGAGACGCAUCCGAGCAGAACAGGAAUGGCGAGCGCGCGGAAGCUCCCGCUCACCCCGCGGGAGAAGGCUCCGGCCGGCAGGCUGACCCGGGUUCGAGAGACCUGGCGUGCGGGGAUCUGGGACACGGCGCUCUGCCGCUGCAGAACGGGUCGCUCGGGGCGGACGGUGGCGGUCCUGACGCUGGCCGCGGCGUGCCGCAGCCCAGCGGUCCCCUGAGAGUUGCGGGCGAAACGGGGUCGGAGAACGGGGACGGGACUGUGCCCGUGUCUGACAGGGUGUCCUCUGUGGUGGAGGCAGCAAGGCCUACUGCGGAGCAAAUAGGACUUCUUCUCAAAGAACAGGUAUUAACCGGUGGCAGCAAAGAGCCGGAGGCAAGUCCCACAGUAGAGCUGGAAGUGAGGCCCACGGUGGAGUCGGAGGUGAGGCCCAUGGUGGAGCCAGAAGCAGUUCCUGAGGAGCAGACAGCAAGGCUAGCUGAAGAAGAGGAAGAGUUGCCAAUGGAGGUGCACGAAGUCGGGCUCACAGAGGAGCUGAACGUGGGGCCCGCAGCAGAGGCUGAAGCAAGGCCCAUGGUGGAGCCAGAAGCAAUCCCUGUGGAGCAGGCUGCAAGGCUCGCAUCUGAGCUAAAAGUAGGGCCCACCGUGGAGGAGGAAGUGAGGCCCACAAUGGAGGAGGUGAGGCCCACGGUGGAGGAGGAAGUGAGGCCCACUGUGGAGCAGGAAGAUGGACCUGCCGAGAUGGUUGCUGUUCCUUCGCAUCUGUUCUGGAGGAAUGAGAAUAACCUGUGCUGGCUAGACACUCUGUUAGUGGCCCUCGUACACUGCCGGACUCUGAGGAAGCGUGCGGCCUGCCUGCUCAAGAACAAUUCGCCUGUCCAGCAGCUGUGCAAUCGCUACAGAGAAGCCUGUGAUCAUGUGAAAGCUCAGGAACAAAUGGGUCACGAAGAUAAAAUUGUCAAGGUUCCUUCGGCGGUCCUGAACCAGACGGUGAAAGAGCUGGAGAACGUGCGGAUGUCUGCCUUCAAGCUGCUUCAGCCCAAACUGAAACUCAACCUGGGUCAGGAGGAGACCCCAGUGUUUGCGCUGCCAGCCUUGCUAAGGCUGGACUCCUCGGUCGAGACCCUGUUCCAGCACAUCUUCCACUGGGACUUUGAAUGUGCCGUCUGUGGCCACACCUCCAGGAGCAGGUGCCAGAAGACUUUGAGCACGUUCACAGGUGUGUUCCCUGACUGGCAUCCCCUGCAGGCGGUGCAUCAGGCUCAGUGCAACAACUGCGAACGCAAACUGCAGAAACGGAAGAUGGUGCUGAAAAGCAUUUCCCCUGUGUUUGCCCUGCACUUCGUGGAAGGCCUACCUCAGAACGACGUCGACGCGUACUCCUUUGACUUCCACGGCAACCACUACUCUGUCAGCACUGUGAUCCAGUACGAUCAGCACCUGAAGCACUUUGUAGCGUGGAUCCGAGACGACUCUGGUUCGUGGCUUGAAUUUGACGAUUUGAAAUACCCACAAUGCACUUCUCACAAGAGACUGCCCGUCCCCGCCAGUCAAAUUCACAUGGUUUUCUGGGAGGACGGGGCACCGAAGCCGGAGGGGGCGUGUCCCGCAGGCAGUCACCAGGGCGACGCUGCCCCAGAGGCGGGGGCGGGGGCGGGCGACCUCUCGCUGACCUUCCCGCAGGACGACACCUACAUCGUGGAGGCGCUGACGCAGGACGGGACGUCCCCCGACAGGCCGGACUCGUCCGUGGGAAGCUCCACCCUCCUGGAGGCGUUUGAGGGCCUGUCCCACAGCGACAUCGUCACCCUCACCCUGGUGGAGGUGAAGGCGGACGCGGACGGGGGCGCCCCGCCCGACGGCCAGCCGCCGCCCAUCGCCGCGGAAACGAGCCCCGUUUCGUCCACGAGGGCCGCCGGAGGGAAAGGCUGCCAGACGACGAAACGACAGCGGGGCGCGAGAGGGGCUCGGAGAGCGCCGGGGGGCGGGACGCCGGUUCCGCAAGACAGGGGACCCGCCGGGCCGCCUUCGACCGCCACCCCCAUCAGGUGGCCCUUUCCCAUCCCCGACCCGUCGUCCCCCGGCUCGGACCCGCCUUCCCCCGUCAGCAAGCCCCCCUCCCCCUCGGCCUUCCCCGCCUCCCGCAUGUCCGCCGUCCUCAGCAAGCACCCCCUGUUCCAGUCCACCCCCGCCCCCCCGAAACGCGCCGCCGCCGCCCCGGCCUACAAGCCCGCGCUGAAGCUCGCCACCGACGACGGGCUCCCCGACAGAGUCGCCGCCACGUUCAGCGGCUUCCAGGCCCGAGGGGUCGCCGCGCCCACCAACGGGCCCCUCUGUCGGACCGACGACUCAAGGCCCGAGAACGAGGCCUUCAAGCAGCCCGGCCAGAAGCCCCCCGGCGCCGGCAACCCCGCGCUCGCCUCCCUAAAACCGGCCCGCGGCACGGAGGUCCCCCCCCAAACCACCCUCCUGCGGCCCGCCAGGGACCCCAAAACCAAGAUCUCGCCCCUCGACGACACCGGCGCCCUGCGCCGCAGGCUGAUGCGGAAGCUGAAGAAGAAGAAGCAGCUUCUGGCGGCGCUGGACAGCAUGAUGGGGAAGGAGGCGCUGGACUGCCUGCAGCGGCCGGACAGCACGGCGGUGGGCUCCCCCUACGCCGUCAGCUCCACCACCUCCCAGUGCAGCAGCGCCGGCUACGACGAGCUCCUCAACGACCUCCUCUCGCCCGCCACCACCGCCAGCAACCUGUCCCCCGACAGCACGGGGCUCCUGGAGAUGCUGGUCACCGCGCAGGAGGGCGUGGAGAACCCCCCCGCCGCCGUUGUCGCCACCGCCGCCGCGCGGCCGGGGGGAGGGGGGACGGCGGACUGGGCCGUCCCCGCGGCGACGGGAAACGACCUCGCGUCCGCCAAAGACGACUUCCUGGACGAGCUGAUGUCCGGCACAGGGUUUCAGACCAGCCACGCGGAGAACGUGGAUUUUAACAUGUUGGACAUGUUCUUUUAAUCAGCGAGAUCUGACAUCGUUUCGCUGGCCUGUGGAGCUCAGGAGCUGGACUUGGUACACUGAGCCAUGCGGACACAAAAAGACUGCUCCUUCAGUUCAUGUUGACGUUUGAACUUUUUUUUUGUUUGUUUGUGUGUCCUGAGUUUGAUAUUCUUUUGUAAAGAAAAGGGUGCUGACAAUAAUUAACGUGUUGUUUGUACAAAAUGAACUACUGUAUAAUUAUUGUCGAAGUGAGUUUAUAUGGUUGUCUGCUGACACGCAGACUGUGUGUGUUCACUGGCCCAGGACCAGAACGCUAAUUUAGAUUCUUAGUCUCAAUAAAUAAAUUAAAUUUUGUUCAGCUGUGACCUCA